GAGUGCCAUUGACUCUGAGCUUUCUUUCUGGCUGAGCAGUAGCGUGGGCUCGCGGCGGUGUGUUUGGGAGCAGUAACUGAUUCAUUCUACGAGAAUAGCGAUUUCUAGAGCUGAAUCAGAAUGGACUCCACUUUGAGUGCAGCUCAAAUUCGUGAGAAGUUCAUCGACUUCUUCCGUCGCUAUGAGCACCAGUACGUCCACUCGUCAUCCACCAUCCCCCUGGAUGACCCCACGCUGCUUUUCGCCAACGCUGGCAUGAACCAGUUCAAGCCCAUCUUCCUCAACACCAUCGAUCCGUCCCACCCCAUGGCCAGGCUGCGUCGUGCUGCCAACACCCAAAAAUGUAUCCGUGCAGGAGGUAAACACAACGACCUGGACGAUGUGGGGAAAGAUGUCUACCACCACACCUUCUUCGAGAUGCUGGGGUCCUGGUCGUUUGGGGACUACUUUAAGCACCUGGCCUGUAAGAUGGCCUUGGAGCUGCUGACCCAGGAGUUUGGCAUUCCCAUUGACCGCCUGUAUGUCACCUACUUCGGAGGUCAUGCUGACGCAGGCCUGGAGCCCGACCUGGAGUGCAAACAAAUCUGGCUGGACCUAGGGAUGGAGGAGGCUCGCAUCCUGCCAGGCAGUAUGAAGGAUAACUUCUGGGAGAUGGGAGACACCGGUCCCUGCGGUCCCUGCAGUGAGAUCCACUACGACCGUAUCGGAGGGAGAGACGCCGCUCACCUGGUGAACAUGGACGACCCCAACGUCCUGGAGAUCUGGAACCUGGUGUUCAUCCAGUUCAACAGAGAGUCAGAGACGGAGCUGAAGCCGCUGCCUAAGAAGAGCAUUGACACAGGGAUGGGUCUGGAGCGCUUGGUGUCUGUACUACAGAACAAGAUGUCCAACUAUGACACCGACCUCUUCGUCCCAUACUUUGAAGCCAUUCAGAAGGGUACUGGUGCUCGGCCUUACACUGGUAAAGUAGGCGCUGAGGAUGCUGACGGUAUCGACAUGGCCUACCGUGUGCUGGCCGACCACGCCCGCACCAUCACCAUCGCUCUAUCAGACGGCGGUCGGCCCGACAACACAGGAAGAGGCUACGUGUUGAGGAGGAUCCUGCGUCGUGCUGUACGUUAUUCCCACGAGAAGCUGGGAGCUCAGAAAGGUUUCUUUGCCUCUCUGGUGGACGUGGUGGUCGAAUCCCUGGGUAAUGCAUUCCCAGAGUUGAAGAAAGACCCUGACAUGGUGAAGGACAUUAUUAACGAGGAGGAGAUGCAGUUCCUCAAAACCCUCAGCAGGGGACGCCGUAUCCUCGAUAGGAAGAUCAUGAGUCUGGGAGACUGCAAGACCAUCCCAGGUGACACAGCAUGGCUGUUAUACGACACAUACGGCUUCCCUUUGGACUUGACCUCCCUCAUCGCAGAGGAGAAAGGCAUGGGGGUGGACAUGGCCGCCUUCGAAGAGGAGAAGAAGGCAGCACAGUUAAAGUCCCAGGGUAAGGGUGCAGGAGACGAGGACCACAUCAUGUUAGACAUCUACGCCAUUGAAGAGCUGAGAAACAAGCAGAUACCCGCCACAGAUGACUCUCCCAAAUACAAAUACAGCUCAGACGACAACGGCAGCUACGAGUUUCAGCAGGCCUCAGCCACGGUGCUGGCUCUGCGCCGCGACCGCGCCUUCUGCGACGAAGUGACCACGGGUCAGGAGUGCGGCGUGCUGCUGGACCAGACGUCUUUCUACGCUGAGCAGGGAGGACAGACGUUCGACGAGGGUUACAUCCUUCGAGAGGACGACAGCGCAGAGGAUCGGAUGGAGUUCACGGUGAAGAACACUCAGGUGAGAGGAGGUUACGUCCUCCACGUGGGGACCGUCUACGGGACGCUGAAGGUCGGAGACCGUGUCACCUUGCAUGUAGAUGAGGCUCGUCGUAGGCCCAUCAUGAGCAACCACACGGCAACGCACAUCCUCAACUUCGCCCUGCGGGGGGUUCUGGGAGAGGCGGACCAGAGGGGCUCCCUGGUCGCUCCCGACCGUCUGCGCUUUGACUUCACUGCUAAAGGCGCCCUGAGCACGGGGGAGGUCCGGCGCACUGAGGAGAUCGCUUGUGCCAUGAUAAGAGACGCCAAGCCAGUGUACGCUAUGGAAGCCCCCCUCGCAGAAGCCAAGGCCAUUCAGGGUCUGCGCGCCGUGUUCGACGAGACCUACCCCGACCCUGUCCGAGUGGUGUCUAUCGGUAUCCCUGUUCAGGACCUGCUGGACGACCCCAACAGUGCCGCCGGUUCUCUCACCUCCAUCGAGUUUUGCGGUGGAACCCAUCUGCGGAACUCCGGUCACGCCGCUCCGUUUGUCAUCGUCUCAGAGGAGGCCAUCGCUAAGGGCAUCCGCCGCAUUGUUGCUGUGACAGGAACAGAGGCCCAGAAGGCCCAGAGGAAAGCCGACGCACUGCACCAGUCUCUGUCCUCCCUGGGAGACAAGGUGAAGCAGCAGACGGCCCCGAACAAGGACGUACAGAAAGAGAUCGCUGACAUGACGGAGUCGAUAGGCACAGCAGUGAUCUCCCAGUGGCAGAAGGAUGAGAUGAGGGAAACCCUGAAGGGUCUGAAGAAGACCAUGGACGACCUGGACCGCAACUACAAAGCUGACAUCCAAAAGAGAGUCCUGGAGAAGACCAAGGAGGUGAUUGAAAGCAACCGGAACCAACCGCUGCUAGUAAUGGAGAUGGAGACGGGAGCUUCAGCAAAGGCUCUGAACGAGUCACUGAAGCUGCUGAAGUCCAACUCUCCUCAGACCGCUGCGAUGCUCUUCACCGUAGACCCCGACGCCGGAAAGAUCACCUGCCUGUGUCAAGUCCCACAGGAUGUGGCCAAACGCGGACUGAAGGCCAGCGAGUGGGUUCAGAAGCUGUGCCCCCUGCUGGACGGAAAAGGAGGCGGCAAGGACAUGUCAGCCCAGGCCACGGGCAGGAACACUCAGUGCCUGCAGGAUGCGCUACAGAUGGCUAACGAGUUCGCACGACUCAAACUGGGAGAGAAUUGAGAGAAGAAAAAAGUAGUCAGUGUGGGAGGUGGAAAGAGGAGGUGGCGAUGAGGUUGGAAACGUGAAAGAGGGAUUAAAGUAGAUAUGACAGGGAUGAAAGAUGGAGAGCAGGAGACGGUUGAGGAGUCCUGAGCUUUAACUCGGGUGCCUAAAAUUUCAGGAGAGUUUGAAAUCAUCCUCUUUUAUCCCCCCUCAUUUCAUCUCCUCUUUUCUUCUCCCUUUGGGUCAGAAAAGAUUAGAAAUCAAACAAAACUCCUGAGUUUCUCACUCCCGCCAUGUUGACAGACGACCACUGACAGUCAGCCAGCAGUAAAUGAGCCACUCAUUUUUAUUGCAAGUAGGUUUUUUUCUGACUUACUCCAGUAAAAUGCAUCUCUGUGGAAGUUAAACCUACUUGAAUAUAAAUAUAUAUAAAUAUAUAUAUAUAUAUAUAUAUGAGAAGAUUCUCUCAUGCAGUUAACUGAAAGAGGACAUCACAGCCAGCACAGUUGAUUUGAGGAAUUCAUUCAUUAUUGCAUGCUUGUCUACAGAGGAGAGAAAAGGGAUGUACUUUUGAUAGAUUUUGCCUCGUACAAGAGCUCAGAUGAAGCAAAAAAAAAAAAAAGUGGUUUGCACUUCAAACUCUGAGUUUGUUUCAUGUCACUGUGUCCCGGCUCAUUUAGAAACAACCACUAGAUCACUCUCUCCUCUCCGCUUGUUCAGGGCUUAAUUCGGACUGAUGAGAGAUUUUAGAGGAAAAGUCAGAAAUCAUCCCAGCUCUUAAAUGAUUCAGUAUGUUCUUUAUGUUACCUGAACCUGAACCCUUUUGAUCUGAGCAGUGGCACCGUCCCAUCUGUGUGAGGAAAAAACGCCCUGAGUUUGCUCCUGUGAUUGGUUGGACUGACAUUGUAGCUGUAUCAUAGUCUUGCGUUUUCAAAUAAAAAGCCAUUAUCUGUAAUAAGUCAGCAGGUUUAAUUUUAGUAAAUAAAUAAUUAAUUGUAUAAAAUGGUCAUGCACAUGUCCAAUAAUCCGUCUGUGUAACUUAAUUUCCCUGACAUUUAAUAUCGAUUCAACACACAGAAUGUUGAAAAUGUCUUUAAUCAUGGAAGCUGCUUCCUGUCAGAGAAAUGUCACACUAUGGUUAUGGAAUAAAUACUACUGGUAAAUGC